AUGUCCACCUCCGAGCUCGCCUGCUCUUACGCCGCUUUGGUCCUUGCCGAUGAUGGCAUUGAGAUCACUGCCGACAAGAUCCAGACCCUGAUCACUGCCGCCAAGGUCCAGGAGGUCGAGCCCAUCUGGGCCACCAUCUUCGCCAAGGCUCUUGAGGGCAAGGACAUCAAGGACAUGCUGACCAACGUUGGCUCCGCUGGUGCCGCCGCCCCUGCUGCUGGUGCUGCCGCCGCCGGUGGUGCUGCUGCCCCCGCCGAGGCCGCCGCCGAGGAGAAGGUUGAGGAGAAGGAGGAGUCUGACGACGACAUGGGAUUCGGUCUGUUUGACUAA